AUGGGAAAUGGUUGUUGUACUGGUUGCUGUAAGAAAACAUCUAUUCUUGCAACAGAUACUCAGACGAUAAUUGAUGAGACCGGACAAAAAGAAAUACCAAGUGGCUAUGUUAAGAUCUAUGGUGGCUUUGCCGUAUCAGAUGGUACUUACACAAGUCCAGUUUUAUCCAUACAUAAGUAUAAAGAAUCAUCAAAGAAAACUGGAAAGAAGCAUACUAAAGGUAUAUUGGGCGAAGAACAAACUGUUCAACUAAGUCAUCAAUCGAAAACGGAUGAAGAAAAUUUGUCAGACAAUGAAGAAGUACAAAUUAUACCUGUUGAAGAUAUUUUUUCAAUUAAAUUUAUAACUGAUGUACAAAAAGAGGUAAUAGAAAAAAAUACAUCAAAUAACGUAGAAGCGGUUGAUGGAGAAACAUGUUGCAAAUCAUUGUGUUGUUGUAAAUCAUUACGCUGUUGUCCAUCUUGGAGAUGUUGUAAUGCAAAAGUUGGAGUAAUAAAUAGCACUCGAAUAACAAACGUUAAUAAGAAACGCACUGUAGAAAUAGAAAAACGAAUGACAGAUGUAUCGGUCGCUAAACAAGAUGUAUGUUGUCCACCAUUACGUUUUUGGUGUUGUAAAGUUAAAAAUAAACGAUUACAACGUGAAGAAACAAUAACUAAAGAAUAUGAAGCAACUCGUGCCAUAACGAUUAUUAUCGAGCAUGCUAAAUAUGGUUUCCCAAACACAUUGAGCCAUGUUCAAUGUAUGGCACAAGAUGAGCAAGAAAAAUUUUAUAAAGAUAAGGGGUUUAACAGUCACGAAUUUCAACAAACAAAUUUUCAAAAGAACAAAAGUCAAGCUGAACAACUUUGCCGAAUUGUUAUGCAAUUAAAAUCAAUGUUUAAAACAAAUCAAACUUAUCCAAAUGUAAAGCAGUUAAAAGAAAUUAUUGAUCAAAAUUACGACGGAUUAUUUGGUGAUGAACAUCAUGAACAAUUAUCAUCAUUAUUAAGGGACAAACCGGAACCAAAGCCAGCAAAUAUGCAACCAGAAAAAACAGAAGAAUAA